AUGCCCGUCUCAAAGACCAAAAACCUAGCCACUGUCAUCCGCUCCUUGUCUAGAUUCUACUCCAUUCGUUCCGAAAUCAAAGCCGAAGGAUCAGGAGCAGGAGCUUCCGCCGCCGCCGCCAAGAAUAAGAAGAAGAAGAAGAAGAAGCCUUCCUCCUCCAGUACUACUGAAAACACCGCCUUAAAACAGUACCUCUCCGCCGCCAAUUCCUCUCUCUAUGAUGUCGUCCACGAAAGCGUGAAGCUGGGCUCCAUACCUGGUGAUGAUGAAUCAGGAAAACAGUUAUCGAGUGAAGUGUCGGCUUCAUUACAUGAUAAACUGGAUCUGGAUUGGGAUGAUGAAUCUGAGGAUGUACAACCUUCGGGAAAGGUUUUGAACUUGCCAUGGCUAUCAAGGAUGUCAAAUAAUGAUAUUUCGUUGCAGAGGAAAAACGUAUCACGGGAGAGGAAGCAGAAGUGGGUAUAUAAGAAUACACAAACCAGUCGCUUUGAUCGGCUGGUCAAAAUGUGUGCCGUGAAGCUGGGUACAGAUGUUACCCUCGAGGUAUUUGGCAGAUUGGGACGAGAAACUGGCCUGAAAGAGUAUAAUGCAUUAAUUGGGCAUUGCAUACAACAGGCAAGGGAUGCCAAUGAUGAAGAUGUUUCAUUAGAGAAGAUUUAUAAGGGAUACCAACUUUUUAAAACAAUGAAGGAACUGGGGUUCAAAAUUGAAGAAGCAACAUAUGGCCAAUUCUUGAUGUAUUUGAUUGAUUUUGGUAUGGUACAGGAAUUAUUUUUCUUUCGCGACCUCAUUAAAGAUGAAAAUCCAGAUUCGCUUCCGAGAUUAGCUUAUUAUGAAAUGCGGCUAUGGAUUGGUGUUAACAAUGAAGCAAAAAUACGAGAACUUAUCCGUUCUGUCAUGGAUGAUAAUGCAGAAGAUAAAUAUUCCUUCCGAGAAAAUUUAUUGUUGGCGUUGUGUGAAAGUGACCGCAAAGAAGAUAUUUUGAUGCUAUUGGAAGCUUUUGACAUAACAAAACUCACAUCAGUCGAAUGUAAAGUGAGUAUCUUCAAGUCAUUAGGGAAGAUUUCGUUGGAGUCUAUUGUGGUUGAUUUCAUGCGGACACUGAAAAGCAGUGAUAUCGGGCCUGAAAACAUCUCAAAAUUCAUCUGCGAAUAUGCAAUCAGCAUACCAAAUUUAGAGGUUGAAGAUAUCAUUGAUAAGUUCAAAUCUUUACAUGCUAAGUUGGACGUGUUGCCUACUUCUGCACAAUAUGAGAGGCUCAUUGGAUAUUCCUGUGAACUCCAUAAGGUACACCAGGCACUCAAUAUGGUUGACGAGAUGUUCGAAGCUGGUUUGACUUUAUCAUUGGAUGCAUUUCAUUCCAUCUUAGAAGCCUGUGAGCAGAGCUGUGACUAUAAUCUGGUUCAUCAAAUCAAGACAAUGAUAUAUCGCCAUGAUUUGAAGCCAAACAAGGAGACAUGCAGGUUGAUGAUUAUUCUGUUUGUGAGGAUGAAAGACUUUCAAGGAGCGUAUGAAGUGAUGAAUGACCUGGAAAAGAUGAAUUUGACGCCAACAGUUAACAUGUACAACGUUAUAAUGGCUGGAUAUCUUCGUGAGAAGAACACUUGCAGUGGACGACAUGUUCUCAAACAAAUGGAAGAGGCAGAUGUAAAACCAGACUCUGCAACUUUCAGCUAUCUUAUAAGCACCAGUAACUCCGAGGAUGAUAUAAUCAAGUUUCAAAAUGAAAUGGGCAAAUCUGGAGUUCAACCCACGAAGUUUGUUUUUAUGGCCCUUAUAAAUGCCUAUGCAGCCUGUGGACAGUUUGAAAAGGCUAAACAGGUUCUGUUAGAUGAGAGAAUACCAGUGAAGAGCUUAAAUGAAAUCAAGAGUACGCUUGUCUCGGCCCUUGCUUCACAUGGGCAAUUAUCUGAUGCCUUUGAAAUGUAUGAAGGAAUCAAAGAAGCCGGAUCCAACCUGCAGCCGAAAGCAAUCGGAUGUCUUGUUGAACAUCUUAAAUCCAAAGGAGAGUUGGAUAGGCUGCUCCAGCUACUUGAGGAAUUAAAUGAUUCACCUUACUUGGUUGGUACCUGCUUCAAGGUCAUUUCAUACUGUGUUCAACACGAGCAUUUAAGAUCUAUUGUCGAUUUGCUCAAGCAACUCAAGAAUAGUUUUGACAAUGCUGAACUUGCCACAGAAGCUCUGUUUGAUGAGGUAUUUAGCUUAAUUGCGGAGAAAGAGGCAACCGAUAUGCAAUUUGGUCUGAGUUUGCUAAAAGCUAUCAAGACAGAACUUGGUGUUUGCCCUUCAAGAAAAAGUCUGGAUUUUCUCCUCGCUGCCUGUGUCAAUGCCAAGGAUACCAAGACUUCCUUUCUGAUCUGGAACGAAUACGAGAAAGCAGGUCUUCCUUACAAUAUUUUGAGUUACCUCAGGAGUGUGACAGAUCUCUCUCAGGACGUGGGAUGCACAAUAUUUGGGUCAGAAUCUCACUCUGAAUAUGAGAAAUUCUUACGCAAGUAUCCCUCAUCUGGAAUGUUAAAUCGGCAAUGGGUUUUUUCCACAGUAGAUCCAAGUUGGGGCUGGGAUUAG